AUGCCCACGCUGGGGACCGCGGCGGCGGAGGGCAGCCGGCGUCUGGAAGACCACGGCCUCAAGGUGGAACAUGUCUACCAGCUCCACAACAAGGGCCCCAGCACUGUGAGUGGCGUCACCCUGCACCUUGCCGUGCCCAGCCAGCUCCAAGGCAGCCUCCUGCUCUACCUGCUGGAGCUGGGCACCGAGGGUGGCAUGAGCUGCGCUGAGCCCCCCGGCCUCAACUCGAAGCAGCUGGAGAUCCCCCGGCCCACAGGCACCUGGGCCCGCAAUGCCAGCCACCAACGGGAGCGCAGGGCAGUGGAUGAGCAGCCCCCAGCUGUCCUGGGGGAGCCCAUCCAUGUGAACUGCAGCGCUGAGCCAUGUGUGAGCAUCGUGUGCAAGGUGCAGAGCCUACCUAAGGACCAGAGGGCGCUGGUGAGCGUCCAUGCCCUGCUCUGGAUGGACACCUUGCACAAGCGCGAGCAUCUCCUGAAGCAGUUCCUCAUCCAGUCCCGGGCCUGGUUCAAUGUCUCCAGCAUGCCAUACCGCAUCCAGCCCCAUAUCCUGCCUGCUGGAGAGGCCACGGCUGUCACUGAGGUGGUGCGCAUGAGCCCCAGCACUGAGAAGGCUGUGCCGGUGUGGUGGGUGGUGCUGGGUGCCCUGGCUGGGCUCCUGCUCCUCGCCAUCUUCAUCUUCGUCAUGUGGAAGAUGGGGUUUUUCAAGAGGACCCGUCCGCCUACAGAGGAGGACAAGCAGGAGCUGACACUGGGCCAGGUGCAGGGGCCUGGGGGUACCCAGGGCUAGUGGGAGGCAUGUGCCCCCCAUGCACCCCUGCCCAGUGGGGACACCCCCACUGCAAGCCCACACAACCUAGUGGCUCCGAGUGGCAGGGUACGUCGUGACCCUGCUCCUGUGGCAUGCACCGCCUGAAUCCCCAUUCCUGUCCCAACCUCGAUGCCCCCAACACCCUUGGGUGCCUAUGGGGCAUGCUACCCCCCCCCUGAUGCCCCCCCCAUGGCACCUAUGGGACACACUACCCCACUGCAGCCUCCUG